ACCUAUUUUCCCCCAGGAUUUUUUGUUUCAGCAGACAAUGUUAAGAGUAAAGGAUCCUAAGAAGUCACUGGAUUUUUAUACGAGAAUUCUUGGAAUGACACUGCUUCAAAAAUUUGACUUUCCUACAAUGAAGUUCUCGCUGUAUUUCCUGGCAUAUGAAGAUAAAAAUGAUAUCCCAAAAGAUAAAACUGAGAGAACAGCGUGGACCUUCUCUAGAAAAGCUACACUUGAACUGACACAUAACUGGGGCACUGAAAAUGAUGAAAAUCAGUCUUAUCACAAUGGCAAUUCAGAUCCCCGAGGAUUUGGACACAUUGGAAUUGCUGUCCCUGAUGUCCAUAAAGCUUGUAAGAGGUUUGAAGAACUGGGAGUGAAAUUUGUGAAGAAACCAGAUGAUGGUAAAAUGAAAGGACUUGCAUUUGUCCAGGAUCCUGAUGGCUACUGGAUUGAAAUUUUGAAUCCUAACCACAUGGUGACUCUCACUUAGUUCUAAUGAAGUAUAUUAUAUAAUAGAUGCCCACUUUGAGCCCCCUGGAGAAAAUCCAUAACACUGUUAAAUUUUUGAUUAAUGGAGAGGAAUCAGUCGUGUUCAGAGUCUCCUCUAAAACUAUCCCCUUGGACCUCAGUGUACAUGAAUUCCUUUUUUCUUGCCCUGUGAUACCAGUGCAAUUUGUUUCUGAUUAGGAAUACUCAACAUUUUUUGGAAGACCGCUUACACAGAUUUUCCUCUUGAUUAUGCUAAUAUUUCACGAAACACUAUCAAAAGAUACACAUCUCACUCUGUUUCAAACUAACAACAAAGAAACCCUAUGUUACUACUGAUGUGCUUCAACAAGGAGGACAAAAAGCCCUUGAGAAUAUUUUUUUUGUGAAGUUAAAAGGGUGUGAAGUCUUCAGGAUCUAUCUUGUAUACUAGAAAAUAAAAUUUCAGAUUAACUUUGACUUGAGUAAUAGUAUGUUUAUGAAAGUCCUAAUUUUAUAUUAUGCCAGGCAAAACUCUUCAAGGAGUAGCCUUAAACAACCUUGCCUGGAACAAGAAACUUUCUGGAGGCAAUAAAUUGGUCCAGCAGAAAGAAUUCAGUCUUUCAGCUUCUGGCUGCUGAUUGACAGUCAAGGUAAGAGGUCUCAUAGUUGCUGACUCACAGUGAUCCUUCUCAUCUCUUCCAACACUGAAAAGAACUUGCUCACAAUUUUUAUUUCAGUGGAAGUCUGGGGCUAUAUUUAACUUAAAUGCUCUGUACAUUCUGCAUUAGGAAAUUAAUGAAAGAGUAGCAACAAUUUCCUACCAGUAGACAGUUUGAUCAGCCCUCUCAGAAUGAGUGAUGGUUACUGAAAUGAUACCUGUAAAGAGUGGGAAAACAUGUUUACAUAUGUUACACAGAUUGAUUUUACGCUCUUCCACCUGCUACAAGCAGUGUAAACUAUGUCAGGUUUUGAAAUCCCGUUGUUCCUUCCAAUAAGAAAGAAACCCUCUGUCCUGUCUUACUGUGUUUUGAGUAGCACUCAACUCCUGCUAAGUCUUCAGUUAUUUGACUGUUGAAUAGUGUAAUGGCAUUGCAGUUCACUUCCAAAUAAAGCACUGCCGCAAACUA